AUGCGGCUCAUGUUACCUGAAGCUUUAUCUGCGUGCAUGAAGAGAAUACUCUCGAGAUACAAGAAAUGCUCGGAUGGAAAACAGGUUCCUAUAGAGGAAUCCAAGCCUGAGAUGGUGCAGCAGCCUAACGAGACAGAUGCCCUGAAAGUGGAGAUAGAAAAUCUCAAACUAAAACAGCUGCAAUUGUUGGGUAAAGAUUUAACAGGCAUGGGCUUACAAGAGUUGCAUGCACUCGAACGACAACUAAAUGAAGGGCUGUGGUGCAUAAAGGAACGAAAGGAGAAGGUAUUGAUGCAGCAACUAGAUCAAUGCAGAAUGCAGGAACAACGAGCUGUGUUGGAAAAUGAGACCUUACGCAGACAGGUUGAUGAGCUUCGAAUCUUUUUUCCUUCAUCAAGUUUCACUACUCCCCUUGGUAUAGAGUACCCUUCAACAGAGCAAACGAGCAAUCCUGUCAUUAAGGAAGGCUCUAUGACUAUAAGCCCUGAAAUGGAUUGUGAUGGUGACGUCUCAGACACAACCCUGCACCUCGCGCCGCCAAAUGGGAUUUAUGGCAAGAAAAUGACGUGCGAUGUGGCUCACGAAUCUGGCCUCCGCGUGUUCCAGCACCACUCUAUCACAGGUGAGAUGAGUGUGAUUCGCCGGGUGAAGAGUCUCCCUGCCAGGCUGUCGACAUUUGACCAGUCGUCUGAGGACGUGAAGGACCUUCACGAAGUCUUGCCUUUGUCGGGCUCCGAGCUGGAAAAGGAUUAUGGUAAGUUGGCGAAGAAUAAUUUGGAGUCGGAUAAUUUUUGUUCAGAUGAUGCAGGUGAGAAGGUUUGUGAAAGCGAGGGUGGAAUUAGCGAAUUCUCUGUUGUGGAGAAAGGGGUAGAAGUGGAAAUUGUUGUCCCAAAAGACGUGCAAUCAGAAAUUAGAGGGCUCGACUCUGAGGAGAAAGAGAAUGAUGAUGUGUGCUCAAAGGAAUCGCUAAUGAAGGAUCUGGAAACAUCACUAAUUAGUUACGCUACAGAGCUAGUCAAGGACGGUCACAUCCGCAUCGGCACGAACAAAGACGCGCGCGGCACCGCCUGCUUGGCGUUCGACGAUAUCUUCUACGCCAAGGCCGCCGUCGAACACCAUUCAGGAUUCAGCGUUGCCGACAGAUAUCUGAUCGCCUUGUACUACCAGCAGGCGAAGAUGGGCAAGAAAUUUGACAAGAGGAAUAAGUCCCCGUUCGUUUUGUAUUGUCAAGAUUCUGGAUCUUCUGGGAAAACAAAGUUACGGGUCAAAAUAGCGAUUGAAGAAUGCAGGAAGAUUUCAAUAGCGUUGAACAAAUUACGGGGCGAUUAA